AUGGGGGUUGUCACCUACCUUUGCCUUUUUGGUUUCCUGGUCUCCUAUUCUUUCCCAGGAGGUGAGUGCUUUAACAAUUAUCUGGGAAUUCCCCAGAAAUUUUAAUUGGGGUUAAGCAUUUAUAAAAACAAAACUACUUGUCAGAUUUCCAGGUGAUGGUAACCCAGCUAAGGCUGUUGGAAUAAAUAACCAGGCAAUGGAAGCAGGUCCAUUAGGGUGAAUAGGGAACUGCCCUACCAACCUCAGUCUGCUCUGAACCACUCCUCAUCUUCAUAUUGACAACCAGUCAGGGAGUGGCGCUGCCUGUCAUGGACUCUGGAUCCACUUACUGUUUGCCUCCCUGCUUUCUGUCCCAAUUUCAUAUUGGUGCCAUGGGGUACCAGUCACCAAUGGAAGCAGGAAUGUUUAAAUUAGGUCUGCAUUCAUUAAUCUUAAAAUUAUCUGUGCAAAUUUGUAGGUGAAGUAGGAUUCCACCUUGAAAAUUGCAUUCUAACAGCUUUUGUCCCCCUCCCCCAUCUUUUUCUUCUUUUACUCCUCUCUCCAUACAGUAAAGGCCAGAUCCUGUCCCAGGAAUUGGCUGAAAUCCCAGGGCAGCUGCUAUGCAUAUUUUGACUCUCAGAAAACUUGGUCUGAAGCUGAGGUAAGAAGCUGUUUCUCACCAACCACGCUGUCACAUCAGGUGCUGUGAUGGGUUUCAGAUGACAUUUUUGUGAGGAGGGCUAUCAGUGUGAGCUGUUGGGAGACAAGACCUGGCCAUCAUCUUGGUCUAAUCAAAAGAGAGUUGCUCACCCAUUGUGUUCAAGUAACCUGUUUCCACAGGAGCCAAGAAAGCUUAAUUAACAGUCAGGAGAGAUGGCCUGGCAAGAAGGUACCAUCUCACAAGUGAAAAGAUACAAGCUAUCUCUGCCCCUUUGUCCCUCCAGCUUGCAUGUGAGCAGGAGGGACCUCAGGGCUCACUCAGCUGGGGGGGGGGAGUGGAGCCUUCCCACCCCCAAGCCAAGAAUGGCAACCAAGCUGUGUCAUCCUCAGCUCUGCAGGGUGUUGGGAUGAAAGUGCCUCAUCUCUUGCAAUGAGAGCUGUGGCCGUUUCACCCCAUGCCUUGAGGGCUGGGGCCAAUACAGAUUGUUGUUUCAACAUCAUGGUGUAUCGCCAGAUUGUGAUGUUUGGCUGGUGAUACAUCAUGGUGUUGAAAACCUGACAUCACCCAACUCUGGGGUUGCGCGCUCAUCUCGCUCUAUAGGCCGAGGGAGCCGGCGUUUGUCUGCAGACAGCCUCCGGGUCAUGCGGCCAGCAUGACUAAGCGCUUCUGGCAAACCAGAGCAGCGCACGGAAACGCCGUUUACCUUCCCGCCGGAGCAGUCCUUACUUAUCUACUUGCCCUUUGACGGGCUUUCGAACUGCUAGGUUGGCAGGAGCAGGGACCAAGCAACAGGAGCUCACCCCGUUGCGGGGAUUCGAACCGCUGACCUUCUGAUCGGCAAGUCCUAGGCUCUGUGGUUUAACCCACAGCGCCACCCUCUUCUGAAAAGAGUGCAGCCAAAUCAUGACUAUGAGCAUUCUUCCUGCAUUCAUCCUAGUUUUUGUGUAUGAGCUUCAAGUUGGUUUUCUUGCACCAAGAUUGAGUGCUUGAAGCACCUUUAACUGCACUCGUGUGCAGCAGGUCCAGCAGGUUUCUUUAGUUUCCCAGCAGGUCCAGAGGAUGGAGAAAGGGGCCUGGCUCCACUCACAGCAUUUUCUUCACCCCUUUUUCUCUCUUCCUUCCUCAGCUGCUUUAGUUCCCAUUUGAAAAACUUCCAACUCUCCACCACUGGUGUUUUAUGAUUUUUAAAUAAUUGUUAUUACUUAUUUGACAAGUUGUGAGCCACUCUGGGAAAGCUUUGUGGGAAAGAGUGUGUGUGUGUGUGUGUGUGUGUGUGUGUGUGUUAGUAAUAGUGGUGGAGCUUAUUUACUUGCUUGGCUAUUCUCAGAAUGAGUGCCUGAGCUUUGGCUGUGGGACCCAUCUUGCCUCCAUCCUCAAUGAGAAAGAGUCAGAUGCGGUGGCCAAUUACAUCUCUGCAAACCAGAAAAAGGCAAGCCAGGUCUGGAUUGGGCUGCAUGAUCCCACUGAGGUGAGUUGCCUUUACUUUCUCAAUUUCAGGCCAUUGUCACUGAAUAACGGCUUCUUAGCGUCACCAUUCCAUCCUUACCCGAAUCGUCUCCCCAGAUGACUCCAAUAUGUGACUUUUCCACAAUUUUCUAAUAGAAUCCUCCUCUAAUAUUGCUGUGGAAGUGGGGAGAUGAUUAACAUAUUCAAUCCUCCUGGCAAACUGGGAAUAUCCCCUCACUCACCCAAGUUUUGGAUGUUCCACCAUUCUCCAGCAGAGAGAAUGUUCUUUGAGGAAAAUAAGUGGCUCACGUAAAUGUAAACUAAGCUUUGAAUAAUAAAGAAAACUGUAACAAAAUAACAAAAUAAGAGAAACUAAAUACAACAACAUGAGGCUAGUCUGAGGCAAGAAGCGAGAAGAUGCAGUUGGUCCCUCUUAACUGAUAUCCUUAACGGAACACAGACACUGAAGGGAGGGGCUGAUUCCAGAGCAAAACACACAAGUCCCGCCCACCAGAUACCAAGCACUCUACUAUUCAAAUUAGGUCCCAGUGUUUUUUCCUACAAAUACAAUCGUACCUUGGUUCUCGAACACCUUGUGACUCUAACGUUUUGGCUUCUAAACACCGUAAACCCGGAAGUGAGUUUUCCAGUUUGUAAACGUUCUUUGAAACCCUAACGUCUGCUAUGACUUCCGUAGCUUCUGAUUGAGUGCAGGAAGCUCCUGCAGCCUAUUGGAAGCCACACUUUGGUUUUUGAACAUUUUCGGAAGUUGAACGGGCUUCCGGAAAGGAUUCCAUUAGAGAACCAAGAUACAACUGUAUCUCCAUCAUAACUUGUAAUAGCUUCAUAAUUGGCCAACUCUCCACGUGAUCUUUGCAUUGGCCUCCUCGUUUCAAAUGAAUGUAUCAUCUGUUUUAUCACAUUGCUGCAGAAAGGACAUUGGAGAUGGUUGGAUGACGAGAUCUACAAUUACAAACGCUGGGAUUCUCAUCGCCCAGACAACUACAACAAUGAAGAAUAUUGUGUGCAUCUGCUAAAGGACUCAGGUAAGCAAGCAAUUUGUAGGGACUGAUUAAAAAAAGGUUUCAUGCCUAUCACUCCAUCAGUUUCAAGUAUUUUAAAGGGUAGUAUCUGACUUUAAAAAUCAAAAUGAUCAAACUCAAUAUACUUUGGAUAGUCAUUGCUAUUGAUGGUCCAUUCAUUUGAAAGGUUUACUCUGGGUAUUAGUUGAGUGAAUACAGUGGCAGAGCUUCAUGCUCUGGCACCAGGGGGGGCGGAGAGCAGGUGGGGCAGGGGCUGGUGCACAUCCUGGGGGCAGGGGGCACUGCUUGCGGGGCUGGGGCGCCCAGCACUGGUGGGGGGAAGCCACGAUGGCACCCUGCCCGGAUCGCCCUGCCAGGGGCAGGACACUCCCCUCUCACUCCUCUUCCUCUGCCAGUGAGUGGAUACACUCUCAGCCUGGUGCUUCUCUGUACUAAGGUUCACAAGUCAAUAUCUCUGGAGAUCUGACCAGAAGUGGUCCAACUUAUUGAUCCUUUAAGGACACUUCCAAUCAUACCAUGAAGCAGAAUCUUUUUCUGCAGUCAACCUUCAUUCUUCGGUUGCAUGUGAUCACAUAUUUUUUUCAGAAAACAGCGGUUGCCAAACUAAGGUCUGGGUUAUGCCAUCUUAUAUUCUAUCAUGUUUCUUAACAAAAUGAUUAGGCUCAACAGCAUUAUUAUUAUUAUUAUUAUUAUUAUUAUUAUUAUUAUUUAUACCCCACUCAUCUGACUGGGUUUCCUCAGCAACUCUGGGUGUCUCCCAACAGAAUAUUAAAAGCACAAUAUAACAUAUAAGACUUUGAAGCCAGGUGAUCAGUGAGUGACCUUCAUAUGUUUCGUUAGUUCUGGGUCACAGCCCUGCUGUGAGUCCUGAAAAGUCCAGACUCACUGGAACAAACUCUGGGGUUGGGGCAAAUGUUGAAAAUGCUUUUAAAUGCUUUUAAAUUUUUAAUUUUUAAUCUGUGGUGUUUAAAAUUUGGGUUUUUUGUUUUGUUUUUGCUCUGUCGGGGGGGGAAUAAACGUUUAGUUGGGCCUGGGGAUUAGUUUAACUUUAGUAUAAUUAUAAAUUGUUUGUUGUUGUUGCUGUUGUUGUUGUUGUUGUUGCUUUCUACUGCUUUAUUGGAUUCAUUGUAUAGUUUGUAUUCUGUUCUGAAGGGGAGAGGGUCAGGGCUGUCUGGGAGUGGGCCCCAGUCAACAGAAUGGCUGGGGUGCACUUGGACACCUGAUCUCAGUGAUCAUGGGUAGGAGGAGGAGUUACGCUAAGACCAGACCAUGUCAUUAACGAGGAGGCAGGUUUAGUUGUUGUUUGAAGACUAUCCCUGCCUCUGGGUCUGGUCUUGACCACAAGGAUACUGGAUUCAACAAGGGAGACCCACAUUACCUGAAGGUGCUGCUGUGCAGUGCCAGGUCAAUGAUUCACAAGACCACUGAGAUACACGACAGGAUGGAGGACUUGACCUGGCAUAUGUAACAGAGACUUGACUGGAUGAAGAAGAUGGGCCUGUCCUUGCCACUGCUUGUCUACCAGGUUUCUCUUACACACAGCAACCCAGCUCAUAUGGGCGGGGAGGCGAGGUUGCAGUGAGUUUUAGGAAGUCAAUAGCUUGCACCAGGCAUCCUAUUGGGAAGACCCAGUUUUCUGAGUGUGUGUUCUGGAAGUUGGACAACAGGGGCAGUACAGGAUUCCUUUUGGUGUACUGACCUCCCCACUCUAUCAAGGGUUCCCUGCCUGAGCUGCUUCAGGUCGUGGCGGAUGUUCUCCUGGAGACACCUAGUUUGGUUGUCCUAGGGGAUUUAACAUCCAUGCUGACACGACCUUACAAGGCGCUGCUUGGGACUUCGUGGGAAAGCAUGACCUCCAUGGGGAUGUCCCUGAAUGAAUUUCGCCCAACUCAUUGUUGCGGACAUGCCUUAGACCUGGAGUUCACCUCUAUGGAUGUGGGUGAUCUGACACUAAGUAAAAGCGCAACAAAAGAAAUGCCAUGGUCAGAUCACUUCCUGGUGCCGCAACCCUUUCCCUCUGCAGGGAGGUGGGACUGAUUUGGACCCCCCCCCCCACUUAAUGGAUUCAAAUGGUUUCCAGAGUGUAGUAGGGGAUGUUUUAUCUCAUGUUGAUGGCCUUUCAGCUGAUUCCCCUCUGGCCCGCUGGAAUGCAGAGUUAACCAGAGCUAUCGACUGUCUGGCUCCAAAGCGCUCUCUCCAACUGCAUGGAGCCUGGCAGCCUCAUGGUUUUCCCCAGAGCUGAGGGUGAUGAAACAAUCACUGAGGUGGCAAUAGCGCCAGUGGUGGAAAUCAGACCAGAAACGGAUUAGAGCUCAACGUUGAGCCUACCAAGUGGCAAUAGCGACGGUGAAGAGGUCCUUCUUCACUGCCUCUAUUGCAUCUGCAGAAAACAGCAGCAGGAGACUCUUUCAGGUGGUUCAUAAUCUUAACAGAACCACCUUCACCAUUGGGGCCUGGUAACGACCCCAAGAUCUCCUGCAGUGAUUUUGCAACUUUUUUGCAGGCAAAGCCGCUCAGAUUCGGAAAGAGGUAGACGCCAUCAUGGGAGCAGGGCUGGGGCAGGAGAGUGCUAGAGUCCUGUCUAUCCCAGUUGCAUGGGAUCAGUUCCAAUCUGUUACCUCCGAGGAUGUGGACAGGCUGCUUGGAUGAGUGAAACUGACCACCUGUCUCCUCGAUCCUUGCCCAUCCUGGCUCAUAAAAGUGAGCCGGGAAGGGCAGGGUGAUGGGCUCCGGGGAUAGUGAAUGCUUUCCUCUGUGAGCAAGCUUUCCCGGAACCGCUGAAAGAGGCAGUUAUUAAAUCGCGUCUUUAAAAACAUCUUUGGACAUGGCCAAUAUGGACAACUAUCACCCAGUCUCAAAUCUUCCAUUCUUGGGCAAAGUGACUGAGCAGGUGGUUGCUGAACAACUCCAAGCACGCCUGGAGGAUGCGGACCAUUUGGAUCCCUUCCAAUUGGGAUUCAGGCCUCAUCAUGGGACUGAAACUGCCUUGGUCACGCUGGUCAAUGAUCUCUGGUGGACUAGGGACAAAGGUGAAAGCUGUUUCCUAGUUCUGCUGGAUCUCUCAGCAGCCUUUGAUACCAUCAACCAUGACAUCCUUCUGGACUGUCUAGAGGCGCUAGGAGCUGGGGGCACUGUUAUAAUGUGGUUCUGCUCCUUCCUCCUGGGCCAUGUUCAGAAAGUGGUGGGGGGGUGAGUGUUCAGACCCCUGGGCUCUCACUUGUUGGGUGCCUCAGGGUUCUGUCCUCUCCCCCAUGCUUUUCAACAUCUACAUGCAGCCGCUGGGAGAGAUCAUCAGCGGGUUUGGGCUGGGUGUUCAUCGGUAUGCGGAUGAUGCCCAGCUCUACCUCUCUUUCAAAUCAGAACCAGUGUAGGCGGUGAAGGUCCUUUUUGAGUGUCUGGAGGCAGUUGGAGGAUGGAUGGCAGCUAACAGAUUGAGGCUGAAUCCUGACAAGACAGAAGUACUGUUUUGGGGGGAUGGCAGGUGUGGAGGACUCUCUGGUUCUGAAUGGGGUAACUGUGCACCUGAAGGACCAGAUGUGCAGCCUGGGACUCAUUUUAGACUCACAGCUGUCCGUGGAGGCACAGGCCAAUUCUGUGUUCAGGGCAGCUGCCUACCAGCUCCAUCUGGUAUGCAGGCUGAGACCCUACCUGCCUGCAGACUGUCUCGCCAGAGUGGUGCAUGCUCUAGUUAUCUCCCGCUUGGACUACUGCAAUGCGCUCUGUGUGGGGCUACCUUUGAAGGUGACCCGGAAACUACAACUAAUGCAGAAUGCGGCAGCUAGACUGGUGACUGGGAGUGGCUGCAGAGACCAUAUAACACUGGUCCUGAAAGACCUACAUUGGCUCCCACUACGUUUCUGAGCACAAUUCAAAGUGUUGGUGCUGAUCUUGAAAGCCCUCAAUGGACUCAGCCCAGUAUACCUGAAGGAGUGUCUCCACCCCCAUCGUUCAACCUGGGCACAGAGGUCCAGCUCUGAGGGCUUUCUGGUGGUUCCCUCACUAUUAUUAAAGUCUGAAUCCAUUUUAUUCCCCCUACACAUCGGGGAAAGGAAUAAUAGGCAAUAAGAAGUAACUUUCCUUAUUUCUUGAAUUAUAAUUUUUGUUUUGAAUUUCAGGUUUUAAGAAGUGGAAUGAUGAAAAAUGCAACAACAAGUACGCCUUCAUCUGCAAGCAAUAA